AAUUACUAUCCCGUGGUCGCAUUAGCGUAGCUCUGUUAUCACUGCAAGCUGUAAAAUGAGGAUCACGGUUAUGCUGUCCCUCGUCAUCGGGGCGUGCCUUUCUUCCUUGAUGUUUGUUUAUGGUGACGGCCACGAUUAUGAUCACAAUUAUCAUCACCAUUCCUCCUCCAGUAGUUACUGUAAUCGUGAUUCCGACUGUACUGGCUGCCAUAGUUACCAGUCUGGCCAUUGUUCCAAUAAUCACUGUACCUGCAUAGAUGCCAAAACUCAUUGCGAAGUAGAUGCUGACUGCCUCAACCUCUGUCCAAAAGAAACUCCUUUUCAACACUGCAGACAUUAUAAUUUUCUACUCCUUUAUUGGACUGACUGUGAUUGCAAAGCCUGCUUUGAAGAUACAGAUUGCACCUGUACAGGGGAAACCAUGCCUCAUUGCAGCCACAGCCAGGGCGGUAGCGCCUGUCACUGCUUGUCUACAAUAGCCCCAACAACUGAACCACCACCGACAACACCUACGACAACAACAGCUACGACAACAAUACGCAAGUUAUUCUUUCCUAUUUAUCUUUAUAUCUCAAACUUCCAAAAGUCGUAAAAUAUGUACUAGUAGUCAGUAAAAUGCUAAACAAAACAUGAAAUAUAAAUAGAAAGAAAAAACAAGCAAAAUUUAACGAAACAAAAUAAAUCGAGAUAAAAUAUACCGUAUAUCAUGUCAUAAUUCAACAGAUUUAUUAGCGUUUAAUUAACUUCUUACUAAUUCAUUCUCCACUCAACGUCUUUAUCUUAUUUUCAGCUUCAACAACUGAAACUACGACAACAACAGCUACGACAACAAUACGCAAGUUAUUCUUUUUUAUAUAUUUGUUAUAGCUCAAACUUCCAAAAUCGUAAAAUAUGUACUUGUAAUGCUAGGAACCAGUAAAGUGCUAAAAUAAAAGAUAAAACGAAUUCGAACAAAAUUUACUAUAACGAAACGAAAUAAAUCGACAUGAAAUAUAACCUAAAUCAUAUCAUAAUUCUACAGACUUAUUAGCGUUUAAUUAACUUCUUACGAAUUCAUUCUCCACUCAACGUCUAUAUCUUAUUUUCAGCUUCAACAACUGAA